AUGCACGACUCAACUCCUUAUCGAUACGAUCUGGGCUCUUUCCAUCGAAAGAUCAGCACUUCCAGUCCAAAAGCACAGGAAUGGUUUGAUCGCGGCUUGAUUUGGUGUUACGCAUUUCACCAUGAAGAGUCUGCCCGAUGCUUCGAACGAGCUAUCGACGAAGACUCAACUUGCGCAAUAGCUUAUUGGGGUCUUGCGUUCGCCCUCGGACCGAAUUACAAUAAGCCUUGGGACUUGUUCGAUGAGACAGAGCUCAAGAAUACACUAAGGAGGAUAAAUGAAGCGAACGAAAAGGCCAAAAAACACGCAGCCAAGUCAACGGAAAUCGAACGAGCUCUGAUCGACGCUGUUCAGGUGCGUGUGCCGAAAGGUCUAGACGAAGCCGCUUUCCAGGCAUGCAACAAGGAAUAUGCCGAAGCCAUGAAGGCCGUUUAUGAGGGGUUCUCUAGCGACCUCGAUAUCGCAUCUCUCUAUGCAGACUCCCUCGUCUGCCUCUCGGCGUGGAAUCUUUGGGAUCUCAAGACUGGCGAUCCGACACCAGGUGCUCGAUCAUUGGAAGCCAAGACCGUGCUCGAGAAAGCCCUACAGCAAGAGAGCUCACACAAACAUCCAGGAGUUCUCCAUCUGUACAUUCAUCUUAUGGAGAUGUCAGCAACGCCGGAAGUAGCCCUUGUCUGCGCAGAUCAUCUAAGAAAACUUACCCCAGACGGAGGACACUUGCUACACAUGCCGUCCCAUCUGGACAUCCUUGUUGGCGACUAUCGACGUGCCAUAGACGCUAAUGUGGAUGCUUGCCGUGCUGACGAGAAGUAUGUUGCCGAGCAUGGAGCAAGAAACUUCUACUCAUUCUACAUGAUGCAUAAUUAUCAUUCACUCGUAUAUGCAGCCAUGUUUGCAGGUCAAUUCAAGGUCGCACUAGAUGCAGUCAACCGGAUGGAGGCGUCGCUGCCUGAUUCGCUACUACGCAUCGAAAGCCCGCCCAUGGCAGACUGGCUGGAGAACUUCGCGUCAGUUCGGGUUCAUGUCCUGGUUCGUUUCGGGCGGUGGGAGGAUCUCAUCGCGCUCGAAAUGCCGUCGGACAGAAAUCUUCACUGUGUGACAACAGCAAUGAUGCAUUACGGCAAAGGCGUUGCAUAUGCCGCUACUGGCGAUGUCGCAAAGGCACAGAAGGAGCGCGACGCCCUAGUAGAAGCAGUAGAGCGUAUCCCAGCAUCGCGGAUAUGCGGAGAUUUUCCUAACAGGUCUAACGUUGUCCUGCAAGUUGGAGUUGCAAUGCUAAAUGGCGAGCUUGAGUACCGGAAAGGCAACUACGAAGAAGCUUUCAAACACCUCGAGACGGCAAUUCAACGUGAUGAUGACCUCGUAUACGCCGAGCCCUGGCCCUGGAUGCAACCGACACGACAUGCGUAUGCCGCUCUGUUGAUGGAACAGGGCCGAAUAGAAGAUGCGGCGGCAGCCUAUAAAGCAGAUCUGGGGUUCGAUGAUACGCUACCGCGGGCAAGGCAACAUCCGAACAACGUAUGGGCCCUGCGCGGCUACCAUGAGAGUUUGCUGACGUUGGGUCGGAGGGAUGAGGCCGGUAUCAUCGGGCAGCAAUUGAGGAUUGCACUUGCUGUAGCUGACGGUGGAGUUCACUAUGGCACCGGACGUCACAUGGAUACACUCUCAGGCGAGCAACAGUACAAAGCAAUGCGGUACUGGUGGCUCUGCUAUAUCGCGUAUUGCUGGGCGAUGAUCACAUCCAAGAUGUCUAUCGGCCUCUUCCUCCUCCGCGUCACCGUCAAGAAGCUCCACAAGUACAUCAUCUACAGUGCGAUGGGCCUCACGGUUCUCUGCGGACUUAUCUUCUUCUUCGUCACUCUUUUCCAAUGCCACCCGGUCAGCUUCUUCUGGAACAAAAGCAUCAAGGAUGGUACUUGUAUCAACGUGGACGUCAUCAUCGGUCUCACGUUCUUGUACAGCGCCAUUUCGGUCAUUAGCGACUUCACGUUUGCUAUUCUACCUUUCUUUCUCAUCUGGGGCUUGAACAUGUCGGUCAAGACGAGGGUUUUGUUGAUACCCAUUCUCGGCAUGGCCUGCAUCGCCAGUGUGGCCGUCUGCGUUCGCAUGGGAUACGUUAUGGACUUCAAGAACCCCGACUUCCUCUGGGCCACGGUUGACAUCGCGAUUUGGUCAGACAUCGAACAAGGACUCGCAAUCACGGCUGGUUCCCUCGCUACCCUCCGCCCCCUCUGGCGACAAAUUUCCGAAAAGUUCGGUUUCACCAACUCAUCAUUCGGCCCCUCGCGUCCAUCUGGCGUGCGGACACCACAAUGGAACAACGACCCGAACAAAGAGCUGCGAAAGAAGCCCAGCCUUUUCAGCAUGACAAUGUCUCUGCUGAAGACUGAGAAACCUUCCAAAUCGGAAAUCGACGAGGACUAUGGGAUGGGAAAUCUCGCGCCUGUGAGACUGCGAGAUGAUCUUUCCGCGGAAAACGAGAAGAGCGAUAAAGUCUUCAAUAGCUGGAGGAUCAAGGGGGGAGGCAAGGUAUCUGAUGAGGAAUGCCGAGUUGGCGAAAUCACUAUGGAGACGCACAUCAACCAGAAGAACGAGCGGCGAUAG